AUGGACGGCCAUCCGAACAGGUUCUCCACUGCUCUUCCUCUCUCACCCUCCCGCGUCCCACCAGCCAUCUCCCCCGCGCUGCUCUCCCACUGGCUCAGCCUCGGAGCCACGGUGGUGUGGCUCGGCGUGGAUGACCACCCCAAGGCAGUGCUUGCCGCAGCUGACUCGCUUCGGACCGAAGCUGUGGAAGCGGUUGGGCAGCUGGUGAGGAGUCUGGGGCUGCACGUGGCCAUGCUGCCGGGCGACAAUGCGGGUGCUGCCACUGCAAUGCAGCAGCAGCUCCCUCCCCUCCCUUUCCUUCCCCCUGUUAAUCUUCUUAUUCCCUCCCCCUUCCCACUUUCCCUCUCUUCCACUACAUCUGAAUCUCUCCCUCCUUCCCUCUCUUCCUCUCCAUGCCCCCUCUUCUCUCCCUUGUACCCCCCUCCCUUCUCUAAACCCAUAGCAGCACUCAAGGCAGCCCACGGCAUCACCUGCAUGGUGGGGAAUGGCAUCAACGACGCACCCGCCAUUGCAGCCGCUGAUGUCAGCAUCGCCAUGGGCACCAUUACGUCCGCAGCAACCAUGGAGGCUGCUGACGUGGCACUGAUGUCAGACGACCUGCGCCAGCUGGCGCGGACAUUUAUGCUAGGGCAGGCAGUGCGGUGGGUGGUGGCGGAGAAGAGAAUGUUGCGCUGUUGGUGGUGGUGA